AUGUCCGACAUUCACCUUCGGGAAACAGGAGGCAGUCAGACACCCAGGACGAAGCCAGCGCCCAAAUCAUCCGCGAUUUCGGUCCCGUUCACGUACACUCCGAGUGAUGAUGGCACGGACGAAAACCUACUGGUUCUCCUACAUGGGUUAGGAGACACACAUGUGCCGUUUGGCAAACUGGGCAACCAGCUGAAGCUCCCACAAACCGCGACGCUUGCUCUCCGCGCGCCCGAACAAAUCCCGUUUUUGUACGAACAGGCUUUCCAGUGGUACACCUCUUUCGACCCACUCGGCGAGCUGCUCGAACAGCCCAAUCCCACUCCCGCCCUCGACCUACUCGACCGUGUCCUCGCGCACCUCACAGGCGACUGCGCCUGGCCACCCGGCCGCAUCCAUCUUUUCGGGUUCGCCCAAGGCGGGACCGUCGCUGCCGAGUACACCCUUCGCUGGUGGCGCGCCGAGCUCGAGCGGCAGCGCGCCGACGCUGGCUACGCGCUGCGCCCGCUCGGGACGGUCGUGAGCGUGAGCGGGUCGCUGCUUUCGUACCCAACGCUGUCGACCCUCUGCCCGACGCCCGUGCUGUUGUUCCACCGUGCACCGCCCGCGGAGAGCGCGCUCAAGGCGGCAGACCUCUCGGCGUUUAGGAAGGGGUUCAGCCAUUUCGUCGAGGUCCAGAGGGGCUCGAGGGAUGGGAUGCCCGCGUCCAAGGAUGAGUGGGAGCCGAUCAUGAGGUUCUGGAGCGAGAGGCUCAGCAAAAGACCGAUGGAGGGGUUGUAUGAGGUCAUGAGCGGUACGGUAGCAUAG